GUGGUAUUCCACUACCGCACCAGUCUGUGUGAUGGCAAAGUGCUGGAUGACUCUAAGACCAUGGGGGGCCACAGCAAACCCAUGGAGCUCAUCUUGGGCAAGAAGUUUAAACUCGCUGUGUGGGAGAGAGUGGUCAUCACCAUGAGACAAGGCGAAGUUGCAGAUUUUACCUGUGACACUAAGCACACAGCACUGUACCCGCUCGUGUCCCAGUCGCUGAGGAACAUCAGCGCCGGUAAGGACCCCCUGGAAGGCCAGAGGCACUGCUGCGGCAUUGCUCAGAUCCACUCCCACCACUCUCUAGGGCACACAGACCUGGAUCAGCUUCAGGCCAGUCCACAGCCUCUUGUCUUCACCAUUGAGCUGCUGGAGGUUCUGCCUCCGGGAUCGUUCCAGCUUGAUGUGUGGGCUAUGACAGAUGAAGAGAAACUCGAGCUCGUGCCUCAGAUCCACGAGGAGGGCAACAUGCUUUUCAAACAAGGCAGCAUUAAGGAAGCCACAGAGAAAUACUACAAUGGUGUUGCCUGUCUUAAAAAUCUACAGAUGAAGGAGCAUCCUGGAGAUGAAGCAUGGGUAAAGUUGGACCAUAUGAUCACACCACUGCUCCUCAACUACUGCCAAUGCAAGCUACUCCAGGGCCAGUACUACGAAGUGAUCGAACACUGCACAUCCGUGGUCUUCAAAUAUGAGGACAAUGUGAAGGCCUACUACAAGCGGGCUAAGGCCCACGCUGCAGUGUGGAAUGAGAAAGAGGCACGGGCGGACUUUGCUAAGGUGUUGGAGCUGGACCCGACUCUGGAACCAUCUGUUGCCAAGGAGCUGAGGGCCAUGGAGGAGAGGAUCCGCUCCAAAGAAAAGGAGGAAAAGGGUCGCUACAAAGGCCUAUUCAACACACCACCUGCCACUGCCACUACAGGUUGAAUCUCUGUGGGAACAAGAGGAGGAUGCCUGUGAAUUUCAAGAUGGAGGAGAAACAGUAGACACUGCUGGUGUUUCAGUUUUAUCCAUGCACCCAAACCAGAUACUCUGCCACCCUACCCUCCAUGGUACACACGCAGAAACAUUCUUACACACUGUCAGGUCAAACACACGAACGCACCCACGAGUGACGCCUAUAUACUGAGGCGUGAUUUUCAUUCCUGCCUUAUUCCCCUGAACCCCACUCUCAAAACUGAUUGAUCCUGAUUAGGAAAAGGCCGACAUUGCUAGCUUCACUUUAAUGAAAGUCCAAAAACCCAUAAAAACCUUAGAUUCUUACCACAAAGGAACUGUGAGUUCUUAUUUGGUUAUGGUUUCAGAAGACAUUCUGGGUAAUUAACCUGCUCAUGGUAAAGGACUACAUUCAGAAUGUUACCCACAGCCGCAUGUUUCACAGACUUUGCUGCAGAGAUUUUUUUUAAUUUAAUGAUGAAUUCUGUUUGGGGAAAGUCUUUUAUAGUAAUUUAUACAGCAAACGUCAAUUUGCUACAGUAUUAGAAACAAUUAGCUUAAAUAUGUUGUUAUAUUGCUUUCUCUGAAAUACGCACUGUUGGAUAAUCCUGAAAUUACUCGUAAUUGUGGCCCAAUUACAAUGGUGAUUACAAUGGUUUCUGGGCAGAAAAGCUCUCCACUCAAAACCCAACAAUUGUAGUCUGUUUUUAUUUGUUGCACAAGGUACAUCAUGUACUUACAUGCACACCUCUGCCUUGCACCACCAGAUCCCCCUUCUCUAUCUUGGUCACAGGGGAAGCACUGGAAUAAGCAGGAGAGCUUUAUCUCCUGGUAGAUGCGAGCGCUCGGUCUGUGUCAAUCAUUAUAAAGCAUGCAUGGACCUGUGUUAUUUUUGCUUUCUCUUAUUUUCAUAUAGUAAGAAAUACUACCAUUAUGUUGUUUUUGUCAAGAUGUACUCCGCAAAACCCUCAGUAUCUCCUUUACUCGCUUAAAAAGAGCUACUCAUUACUCUUCAUGUGAGGCAGCAGGUCAGUAGCCCCACCUGUCUGAAGUGAGAUGUUAUUGAGGUUGUGAUUAUUGAACUGACAAUAAAUAUGUUUA